AUGAAUAGACAAGAAUUUUGUGUCCAGAUCGUCAAGGGUCUUGAGAAUGUGUGGGAUGAAAACAUUUUAUUUGACUUCGCUGUGAAAGUUCAGAAUGAUACCAUCAAAUGUCAUCGUCUCAUCCUAGCGGCGUGUUCAGAUUUUUUCAAGGCGCUGUUCAGAUCUGGUAUGAAGGAGGCUAAUGAAAAGUUCAUGGUUCUUGAUGACGUUUCAUGUGAAGUGUUUCGGUUAAUUUUGAACUCCAUAUACACUGGAACAAGUCUUAUAACUCCAGAUAACUUUAUCGAAGUUUGGCGGACAGCUCAUAUGCUUCAGGUAAACUUUCUGGUGAAAUUUUGUGAGGAGUUUGCUAUUGAAACAUGUUCAUUGGACACCUGGGAAAACAUAUAUUUCCAUGCAGAACUUUUGUGUUCAGAAAAAGUUCUCGAUCAUCUCCGUAAUUUUAUGUUAAAGAACUUUGAACAUAUUAGAUGUUCAAAAACUUUUCUAGAACUUUCUUUCGCGGAAUUUCAGAAUUUUAUUAAAAGCCAAGAUCUUGUCGUCGUCAAAGAAGAUUUAGUUCUGGAAUCCGUGAUUAAUUGGAUACAUUAUGUACCUACAAGUCGGAUAAACAUUAACAAAUGUUUGAACGAUAAUCCUGAUUUUUCAAUCAGAAAUAAUCAUUUGACAUUUAAAAAUGUUAUCCCCAGUGGAGAUAUGAACGAGUUUGACCCAAGAGUGGAUAACCCUGUUUACGAACCUAACCAAAAUGGCGAUGAUUUUGAAACAAAUUGCGAGCAAGGUGAAUCACUCACUGCUCAAUCAGCUGAUUUGAUGAAGUGUGUAAAUUCUUCUAGAAAAAGCGUUCUCCCAGAGCUGCUGAAACUAGUGAGGACGUGUCUUGUAAGUCCUGCUACUUUAUGUCGCGUGCUAAAGAUGAAUUUGUUUUUAGAAAAUAAAGAUUCACGAGAAUUAAUUCUGGACGCCAUGUCACAUCAUGUCCAAGAGUUUAGACACGGUCAGUGGUCGUCAGCGGCUAUACACAGAUCGUGUAGUGAGUACAUAAAUGGUGGUGUGUUUGUAAGAAGAGGUGGGUGGUUUUAUUUUCUAACUGCAUGCAAAGAAGAAGUGUUCAUUGCUGAAAAAUGUAAAUAUUUAGAACAGAAUAUUCAGCUGGUCAGUUUUGACGGUGAACUUUAUGCUACGGGAAGACAAAACAUUCAACAAAACGGACAUUAUCGAAUGUUUGUUUUCUGUGGCAGCAGCUGGAAGGAGGUGAUGGAAAUGCCAAGUUACGAUUUGUUAUUGGUGUCACAUGGUGAUUUUAUCUACGUCAUAAACAAAGACGAUAAAGUUUUAUAUAACGUCAAUCCAAAAAAGAGGAAACCGAAUUUAGAAAAAAUUACAGAUUUCCCUUCAACUAUGGUUGAUGUUAAUCAUGCAAUGAUUCUGGAAAAUUUCCUUCUAUUAUUUUGCUCUGAAUCUGUGAACGGUGUAGAGCAGAUAGCCGUUCAUAAAUUUGAGAUUUUGUCCAAAGUUUGGACCAGAUUAGACAAUCUGGAUGGACCAGCUGAACAGCUGAUUAGUUUUAAAAAUGACAAACACAACUACAUUUUACAUACCAAUGGCAGUUUGUGGCAGGCUCAUGCUUGUGAACCUCCUGUGGAGGGAAUGUUUCACAGCAUUGGUUAUUGGAUAACGUUAUUGAGAGAGGAAGACUUGGUUCAGUUGGACCUAUAUGAUAUUAUCGUGAGUUGUCCUGACGUGGACUACUCCUAG